GGAUCGAGAAAUCGUUUAGUAUCGAUCAGACAGCGGGUGCAGUCUGUCAGAAAUAUUAGAGACGGAGUUUUUAUUAUAUCGGAAUUGUAUCGUUCCGAAUAGACUUUUUUUCUCCUGAAGAAAACGAGUAAUGCUGUCGUGACGUUCGUAGAACAAAAUUGUUUUACAAAGAAGAUAGUAUUUGCAACAAUUACUUUUUCCGUUCUUUCAAGAAACGAGAGCAUUUUGUAUCGGACUACUACUAUAGCCAUUUUUGUAGUUCUAUACUAACAAUUGUGCCUCUUGUGAUCCGCAAUGGCGGAGACAAAUGGGGCCGCAAAUAUAAAUACGAAAAACGAUAAUUUUAUUUGCGGUGUCGUCGAAGGAUUUUAUGGGCGACCUUGGACCACAGAACAAAGAAAGGAUUUAUUUCAAAAAUUAAAAAAAUGGGGAAUGGAUUCAUAUUUGUAUGCUCCAAAAGAUGAUUAUAAGCAUCGCGCAUAUUGGAGAGAUUUAUAUACAGUAGAAGAAGCUGAACAUUUAACAGGAUUAAUAACAGCUGCAAGAGAAUGUGGCAUUACAUUUUAUUAUGCAUUAUCACCAGGCUUGGAUAUCACAUAUUCAAGUGUAAAAGAAGUUACUGUAUUAAAAAGGAAAUUAGAACAAGUUAGCCAAUUUGGAUGUACUGCAUUUGCAUUAUUAUUUGAUGAUAUAGAACCAGAAAUGAGUGAAGCAGAUAAGGAAGUAUUUCAAUCUUUUGCUCAUGCACAAGUUUCUGUUACAAAUGAUAUUUUCCAUCAUCUUGGUCAACCCAGAUUUCUAUUGUGUCCAACACAAUAUUGUGCAACUAGAGCAAUGCCAAAUGUAGCAUCAUCAGAAUAUUUAAAUACACUUGGUAGUAAAUUGGCCCAAGAAAUUGAUAUAAUGUGGACUGGUCCUAAAGUAAUAUCUAGACUUCUAACUGUUGAAUCUAUUGAAGAAAUUACAGAAGUUUUGAGAAGGCCACCAGUUAUAUGGGAUAAUUUACAUGCUAAUGAUUAUGAUCAGAAACGUGUAUUCUUAGGACCAUAUUCUGGUAGAUCUCCUGAUUUAAUACCUAAACUGAGAGGUGUUUUAACUAAUCCUAAUUGUGAAUAUGGAGCAAAUUUUAUAGCAAUUCACACAUUAGCUCAAUGGAGUAGAUGUAAUGUUGAUGGCAAAAGAGAUUUAAGCUUAAAUGAUACUGUAUCAGCUGAUAUAAAAUUAGAGACUGAAACGGAAGAUGGAAUGCUUGGUGAAGAUGUUCCUUCAACAAUGUCUCCGAAUAUAUAUCAUCCUCGACAUGCUUUGAAAAACGCCAUUAACGAUUGGUUAGUGGAAUUUAACAAAAAACGAAACGCAUGGGGUGUUAUAGCAAAACCACAACCAUGCGUUGCUCCAACAAUACCAAUCCCAAUAAUUCCCUCUGUGAAUACAUGUAUGAGUCUUACAUCAACGACGACUACUACUACCGUCCCCGCAACACCUACGCCAGUAAAUAAUUCCAAUCAUCUUCAAGCAUUGGCUGAAGUUUGCUCAAAUGUAACAACCACUGAUAAUUAUGUGCCACCUCCCGCUGGUCCUGUCAUGAAUUCUUUAGUAUCUGAAACAACUGUUGUUAGUGAACCUAUUAUUCCAUCAAUUUCUACUAUUGUGGAAAAUGUACCAAAUUCAAAUACUUUAUCAUCCAUGGAACCAAUGGAUUGUAACACAACACCUAAUAAUUCUCCAGCACAUGCAGUCAAAAUUCAAACAGAGGAUGAUGUUAUGGUAGAAAAUACUUCUACGUGUAGCGAAGCAUCUGGUAGUAUGCAAGUGGAAGUAGAUAGCACUUCUCCUGUUGUAAAUGGUACUCAAAUGAUUGUUGAAAAUGAUAACGAAAAUCAUGACAAUGGUGAUAAUAUAGAUCAAGAAUCACAGGAUUCGAUUGAUAUCGAUAAGCGACUGACGCAAGAAGAUCUAUCACUUUUAUGUGAUCUUUUUUAUUUGCCAUUUGAACAUGGUGGUCAGGGUAUUCAAUUAUUGCAAGAGUUUAAUUGGUUAAAAAGUAAUGCUCACGUCGUUAUGAGAAAAUCAAAAGAAGAUCAAACUGCAUCUGAAUCUGAUAUCGAAGAAUGGCAUACACGGGCAGCUAAAUUAAAUGAUAUGUGCAAUGCUGUAAAUAGAUUAUUUCAGAGACUUACGCACUGUAAUAAUCGUGAGUUGUUAUAUGAUCUAUAUUCGUAUGUGUGGGACAUGCGAGGAGUCGUGUCUCUCUUAAACAGUUAUGUGAAAUGGUUGGCGUUUGGCAGAUUCCCGUCGACGAUGACAACGUUUACCCAGGGAAGCUACACAUGGUUCUCGAAUGGCUGGAAAGAAACUUUUAUGAGUGGAGAUCAAGAACCAUGGGUAUUCCGUGGAGGACUUACAGCUGAUCUACAGAGAUUAAUUCCAGUAGACAGUGGAAAUGACUUAUUUGUUUAUAAAGCACCAGAAGUGCCCAGUAGUAAAAUCUAUACAAUUAGGCCUUAUUUAGCAAGUGACGAAGAUGCAGUUUAUGCUGUGUGCAAUAAAAUUUGCAAUUGUGUAACAUCUUCUGCCAUUGCAGAUCGAUUAGUUGGAGGUUUUCUAACUUUAAGUCCAGAGCUGUGUAUGGUAGUUGAAGAUGAGAGUGGAAUAGUAGGUUAUGCAUUGGCUGCCUUAAAUGUAAAGUCCUAUUAUCAAAAAUUAGCAGUUUCUUGGAUUCCUGAGUUACGAAUGAAAUACCCUUUAGAUGAUAAUAUCAAUGAUUUAUCACAAAAUAUUCAGGAUGCCAUACGUUAUUUUCAUUCAUUUGUUCCGGAUGUGUCUGAUCAACUAUGUAGACAACAUCCAUCGAAAUUAUUGUGUGCUGUGUUACCAAGUGUAACAGACCAAUCUGUCCCUAAAAGAUUAAUUACAUGUAUUCUUGCAGCUCUAAGAGCAAAUGGUUCAUUUGGUGUGCAUACAACAAUGUCAUGCACUGAUAAAGAAUCUCAUGAAUUUUAUAGUAAACUCGGUUUCGUUGAUUUAAAUCCAGCACACGAAGAACAUCCUGGAAUCAAAACUAUGUGUAGAAGUUUCUAACAAAGAAUGAGUACACCAGUGAUAUUUGUGAAUAAAGUGUAUCUGCUUGGACCAUCUUUGAAGAAAGAUUCUACAAUUUUGAAACAAAGUUUCGAAUAACGUAAAAAUCUAUUUAUUAUUAUCUAACAAUCUGGAAAAGCUUUCUGUCUUUAUUGUGAAUUUUUGUGCAAUGGACAGAAUUCGAUAAAAACAUUCUUAGGAAUGAAAAAGAAUAAUAUAGACAGAUUUUAUAUUAUGCAACUCGUUUUAGUAACUCGUAAUUCUUUUUUAAAAAUUGUCUUACGAGAUAUCUGUCUUUUUAAACCGUAAACAAAAGAAAAUAAAA